AUGCGCAACAAGCGGAAAGCAUCACCAACACCCAGGCAUAUUUCUUCUCCUCGCAACAAGAGAGCUCGCUACCACCGCUACGCUGUUGUCUCUAGCGACGAAGAGGACAUUAGCGCGGACGAGAGAGAGGUAGCAUCUGACGAGGAGUACGAAAUCAACGGUAUAUUGGACGAAACCGAAUCCCAUUACUUGAUUGACUGGGUAGGAAAUUAUUCGCCUAGUUGGGAACCAAAAGAAAACGCCAGCCCAGAAGCAAUCCAGGCCUGGGAGGAAAAGAAGAGGGAACAAGAGCAACCUGCUGCUGAGGGGAGCGGCGUCUCGACUGGACAAUCCUCAACACAAUCUCCUCGCUCAAUUCCUGACGAGUGUGCUGAGACUCCUGCUCAGGAAACUGUCCCUCCACGGCCUUCGGACUCCCCUUUGUUCGUCCCGCACGAAGCUGGAUUGGAGACUCAACUUCGAGAAAUCAACGAACCCCCACUGUCAAGCCUUCCUGUUGGGGGCUCUAGUCAGUCCUUGGUCGACCCCAAAUCCCCGACGAAACCUCAGCAUCAAAGCGUAUUUGACAGUUUUCCGAGAGCAUCCAUUCCGCGGGAGUAUCUCCUUCCAGGCGAAUCUGGAGAACCGCCAAUUCAGAACGACGGUUCGAUUGUCACAGAGCUGCACAGGGGGACCGAAGACCAUAUAGCCGAAGAAAUAGGUGAAGAUUCUGGGUCUUCUCGCGAAAGACAGAACACGAUCGUGCAACCUAGCCCUCGGACAGAAAUCCCGGAAACCCCCUCUAUUCCAUUCAUAGUCCCGCAUAGUCAGCUUUUACCGGCUGGCACCCAGGUAGGAACGCUCGGCUCUCAACUUUAUUUGAACUCGGCAAGCUCUUCCUCCAUCCUCGCCAGCACUCUCCCGGCCCGAACCUCGCCGGUGAACUGGGAUUCGUUGAGAAGCAAUUUGAGCUCUGUAUUUGCCAAUACUACCCCUAAUUACCCAUCAGGCUAUUCGCGAACGCAUUUGUUAGAGUCAGCGUCCGCGAACACCUCGACAAGUCAACCGUUUACUACACCUGCAGCGCGGGCCGUCGCCGACUCCACUGGUAUCUCUUCAAUUGCUUCUCCGUCACAGGCUUCUCUACUUAAUACGUUGUUUAUCCCAAGGGAAUUCCCUAUUUUAUCGCGCAAUAAACCUGGGAAUACAGCCCGAGGAUUGAGUCCUAACGCCCCAAGUUUACGCCCACUGGCCACUCAAUCUCCCUCUACGCCGGCCAGAAUGGAUGACCAAAGCCAGAAGAAACCAGGGAGCUCUCUUGCCGAGACUAUGGAGAAGUAUAGUCAUAUUGAAGGUUCAACGCCACAGGAGAAAAUUAUGAAUCUAUAUGCCAGAGUCCGCGAGAAGAGCACAAUUGAGACAUUGCAAAAUGAAGCGAGUGCAACUCCGUCCUCUCCUGGGGAUAUUGAAGCCUCCGAGCCACCGCCUGCACCCGAAACGGUUGCGCCUCUCAGCGUAAGGGUGGAUAAAGAGCCUCCCCAUGUUGACGCGGUCAGGGAAUUAGUGCCAGAGACCUCUUUAGAAGAAACAGAAGCUCCGACGCAUAUAUCGGAAACAGUCCACACUAUCCAUCCGAGCGCGUUGACAAUGGAUCCCAUAGAAAAGAAAGUUCCAGGGUCUGUUGAUCUUGGUCCCUCCGAGUUUGCUGUGACGCUUCCGAUGGAUUCGCGAGUGAAGGAUGAUUACGGACGGGUACUACAAGAAUCUAAAGAAGUUCUCGGAACCGUACUCUCUGGUCUGAAGAACAGCUCAGAGUCUGAGCUGGAACGCGCCGCAUCCUCAUUACAGCAAGUACUUGAACGCCUAAGCAACGUAGCUACUCAUCCUGAUAUCAAUGUUGCGGAACACAUGAAAGAUGCGAACUCAAAACUUGACGAGGAAGCUGGCUGGGCGGACUACUCCAGCGCGAAAUUCCAUCUACUGAACUACCUUACAAAGGCUGCUAGCGCACAAGACAUCCAUCUAGUCAUCAUGGUCAGACGAGAAAAGACUCAAAGGAUUGUUGAACGCUAUUUGCAGGGCAGAGGGUUCUCAUACACGCGCGCACGCGAGGAAAUGGGCAGUGGCACCAAUGUAGAAGUCUCUAUGGCGAAGGGUGCUCUCAGUUUUGGAGUUCAACUGGCUCAAAGCGAUGGCAUUGUGGAAACGUACAAAGCACCAUCAGCAAUAAUUGCGCUCGACUCCUCGUUAAACACAAAGAAUCCGUCUGUGGAACAUAUGCGGACGACAUUUGCUCGUAAUGGGCACUUGCUACCGGUUAUCAGACUCAUGGUUGCUAAUUCAAGUGAACAUGUUGAGUUAUGUUGCCCGGGGCCUCCCACGACAAAGCAUCUUUCUAAAAUCCUUCGGUGCUCAGGGAAGCUCUAUGACAUAGUUGGAGAGCUCCAAGACGAUGCCCUAGGAGUGCAUGAAGAUGCAGACGAAAUUAUGGCCAGCCUUCUCUCGGAAAAUUUCAAUGCCUCAUGGUCAUUGCCUCUAGUCGAGCCUCUGCGUCAAGGGACUUUGGACGAACCGUCACAAGAUGGGGAGCAUUUCGACGUCGAAGAUACCAUUCCUGGCACUUCCGUGGCUCAGAAACGUGGAUUUGAGGAAGACUCUCUUGAACCCACCUCGAAAAAAGCAAGGGUGGAUGAGUCUCAGGAUAUAAGCCAGGUCACAGUCAGUUCGAAGGCAGCCUCUCAGUCACUGGACUCCCAAAUACAAUUCCUGGAGCAGAGCUUGAUACAGAUGAGGGCCGAGAACGCAACUGAAAUCCAGAAUCUCAGAAAAGAAGUGGCCGAGGCUCGGGCUCGUCUGUUGGAGAGGGAUAGAGUACUAGAGACGCUUCAGCAUCGCUACGAAACCCGAACGAAGGAUCUACAUACUAUCCGACGGGAGCGUGACCGUCUACUUGAAAACAAGACAAACUCUGAGCAGAGAAUCAAGAAACAGAAUGAGGAGAUCGCAAAGCUCAAAGAUGAGCGCACUCUACUAAAGCAAGAGCUAGCACAAGCACGAGAAGCUCUCAAAACCGGCGGAGGCGACAUGGCAGAAUUAGAAAAGGCCAGGGAGGAAAACCGUCGUCUCACAACCGAAAACACAGCCUUAGAACGAAAAGCCGACGUUGCGAGCAAACAGGCCGAGUAUACCCGCGAGCAGUACCAGACAGCCUCCAACGCGGCGGCGCACUCAGGGAACGAACUCCGCGCCCUCAGAGAAGAAAAUGAGAUACUCAAACGCAAAGUCGCCGGCGAAGCCACCCGGCUCCGGGAACUAAACAUCAAGAACGACGAAACUCGCCACCUAGCAAGGAUCGCAGAACUAGAAUCCCUACUCACGGUCCGCGAAGAUAUUCUUCAGAGGAAAGAGGAUGAGCUCCGCGAGAUGCGCAAAAACCGCCCAUCCACACGCUCAACGAGCACACAACCCCGAAGCCCGAAGUUAAACGCGGGCAACUACAGCCGCCCUGGAAGUCCGGGUAUCAACAACAACGGAUCGAAUUUCCCGCCAGGUCGUGGGAGCGCGCUUAGGUCAGUCCUGAUGUAA